UUUUGCUCGGACCCUGUUAAUCACCGCUUGCGGUUACAUUUUUUUUUAUUACUCACAGCCGUGUAAACAUCAAGGUUGUAAUCCAUGCGUCAGGACCUGAUCGGAUAGACGUGCUUCCAAGGAAGAUAGAUAACCCAGAGUUAGAAAACCGCAGCAUCAAACCAGGGCCGGUCAAGUACAAUCCUUCUGGGUAUUACUACAAAGGCUCCUGGAGGUCAUUCGAUGGAACACCUGUUCGCCAGUUUGACGCCAAAUCGAUCACCCAGUGCCUGACUGGCAAGAUGAUCAACAUGUAUGGAGGCUCCACGAUGAGGCAGUGGUUUGAGUACCUCAGAUCGUUUGUACCAGGUGAGCACCGACACCCUUCUCUCUGUGCCAACGAUUCUGUGGCCAUUCCUCAUGUCCCAUUGAUCAUUUCCAAUGUCCGCGUUCAUUCGGUCUCUCCUACAAACCAAAGAGUUCAACCUUCGCAGCCCAGCGCAGGCGGGGCCCUUCAUGGCGGUGGACUGUAAACACAACAUCCUGUUGAAGUACCGCUGUCACGGCCCGCCCCUCGGCUUCUCCACCAUCAGCGCCAGCGAGCUCCGCUACGUGGCCAACGAGCUGGACCGCUUGCCUGGAGACCCCAACACCGUGGUGGCCCUCAGCCUCUGGGCCCACUUCAGCCCCUUCCCCGUGGAGGUCUACAUACGCCGCAUGCGGCACAUCCGCCGGGCGCUUGAACGGCUCCUGGCCUGGGGCCCCGGCACCCUGGUGGUCUUCCGCUCGGCAAAUUUAAGGGCCCCGGACAAGGAGAUUAGCCUGAACCACAGCGACUGGUUCUCGCUGCAGCUCGACAGGGUUCUCAGGAACAUGUUCAUGGGCCUGGCUGUUGUGUUUGUGGACGCCUGGGAGAUGACCUUAGCCCAUAAUAGCGCCCACAAUAUCCACCCGCCCCCGGACAUCAUCAAGAACAUGAUCAGUCUCAUCCUGACUCAGGUGUGUCCUGCAGAGAAGAAGAGCUAGUGGCAAAGAAAGAAGGAAAGUUGGAAGAGGCGUGCCGUCCAAGUGCUUGCAACAUCGUUGGGUUAUCCUGAUUCUCUUGACAUGAACAAGUUACUUGUUACUCUUACUUUUUACAAAGGGGUAUUUUUUUUUGAUAGGAGGAGCUUUGCAUAAAGAGGCCUUUAUGUAAAGCCCCUUGUACUGGAUUCCAAUAGACUUGAUUGUGGAGCAACUAGGCCUGCCUCUACCAAUCAACUCAUCCCCCUUAUCAGUUCCCAUCAAAGGGAGGCCUUGCCCAACCGUUAAAAACGGCCCCUGAGCUUGCUUUCGAGUCUAGAGGGGACUAUGGUGUUAAAUUCUGAACUAUAAUCCACAAACACCUUCUUCACACAGGAGUUCCUCUUGUCAAGGUGAUUUCUGUUUUCCUGAACUGUUAUUGAUAGUUUAAACUGAUAAUACCCUCUCUGAUGAGAGGGCCUGCCAAGUCAGAAGUUUGUUUUCGUACACUCGUCCGCGAUCUGUCCACUUGUUUUUUCUGAAAAAGCGCCUCUUGGGGCGGUAUUAGUCAGAAGUGCUAUGUAAAAUGGUCAAUAAAAUUCAAAAAUAAUAAUAAGUUCAUAUGUUUAAGCAGGAAAACCGGCAUACAUAGGUAAACAACCAUGCUGUCAACAUCAGUAGAAAUAUUGGGUUGAAAAAUAUGUGUUAAAUAGAGCUGAGAUAAAGGAGAUCUCAGAAAAAUGGGGGACGGAAUAGCUAAUCAGGCACAAUAUGGCCAAAAGAGGGAACGUUCGAUUCAGUACUGUGUGGGGAGAUGGAAGUAAUGAUAAAAAACUACA